AGUUACAGCAUACGUCACGCAAAUGUGGCAUACGACUUUCAUUUACAGGAUGACAUGUCGCAAUUCUGUUAUUGACGUGUAAAAUUUGAUCGGUCCCAUGCACGUUCGCGGAGCUUUCUCGAGUCGAGGCUCCUCGAUACGACGGUACUCGAUCGCGCUCGCAAGGACCCGUCUCUUACCAUCCUUCCUUCGGCACUGCACAUGCCCUGUGAGUGCCUUUCGUUUCUGGUAAGAACUCUGUGGUGGAAAAAUGGGAUUAAUGUCGAAGGAGCUGGUUGAGGCUGUUCGUUUCAUUUGUACGGUAGACUUUUGGAUAAUGGCGGUACUUUGGACGUUUUCUUUGUUGGCCUCAUACUUGCAAUUCUAUAGCCAUGGUCUUUUUGGUCGAAUUGUUUCGUACCCUCGAAAUGCCGUUGUAGGAGUUCCUGUGAGACCUCUCUGCAUUAUCACUGGCGCUACAUCUGGUUUGGGGGCAGCUGCUGCUUAUGCUCUUUCAAAAGAAGGUUUCACUGUUGUCCUUGUUGGACGGUCUGCUCAUCGGUUGUCAAAGAGAGUGGCAGAGAUUUGUAGACACAAUAAGGAUGCCCAUCUUAAAGCUUUUCAAGUUGACAUAUCAUCUAUCCAAUCAAUCUUACACUUCAGAUGCUGCCUUGAGCAAUGGCUCUUGGAAUCAAAUAUGCAUGCUUCGGUCCAACUUCUGAUAAAUAAUGCUGGAAUAUUGGCAACAUCCUGCAGAAUUACAGCUGAAGGCUUUGAUGAGAUGAUGGCAACAAACUACAUGGGGGCAUUCUUUCUGACAAAGCAUCUAUUACCACUUCUCAGAAACAGCCCUGUUCCAUCUCGGGUAGUCAAUGUCACGUCUUUCACACAUCGAAGUGUACGUGGUACGAAGUUUGACAAGGAAAGUGUUACUGGGAAGAGUUCCUUUGGGAUGGAACCAUAUCCAUGUUCACGGAUAUAUGGCUAUUCGAAAUUAUGCCUUCUGCUAUUCUCAUAUGAACUUCAUUGGCGGCUUCGCUCAGAAAGCUCCUGUCAUGUUUCUAUUGUUGCUGUGGAUCCUGGAGUGGUGAAAACUAGUAUCAUGCGAGAAGUUCCCCCUUACGUUUCCUACACAGCUUUAGGAGUUUUAACUGCUAUGGGCCUUUUGGAUUCACCUGAAUGUGCGGUCAACUCAAUUCUGGAUGCAGCCCUUGCCCCUCCAGAAAUUUCCGGCGUGUAUUUCUUUGGUGGGAAGGGCCGGACUAUCAGCUCUUCUUCACUUUCAUACGACGCCAAACUCGCCAGAGAAUUGUGGGCCACUUCGUGCGAUUUGUUUCUGGAGGCACAGCUAUCUGAUAAAAGCAUUUCCAGCUCAGUACGAAGAUGAGUAUUUGAGGAAGCAAGUCUUCCUGCAAUCAUUGCCCGUCCAUGUUGAGUCCUCAAACUUCUGACAAGGCUAUGACCGCUCAAAUGAUCUGCUUUCCGUUCCAAUAUUUAGGAGCAGAUUUUUCGCUUAGUUGUUGAUAUGCCGUCGUUGAUCUGACGCAGGUGUUGACUCUGUAGUUUUUUCUUCUGUUUGACAUCUGAUAUUUUAGUCGCUUAAACUUUCAAAUGGUUCGCUAA